CAUUUUCCAAUUUUCGACAGUGCUGCAGCUGCACCGAGAGGUAAUUCAAUUUCGUUCCUCAUAAUCAUGCAAUCUUGGGCAUUUUCUGUUUGUUCAGGAAGUAGGGAUUGGUGUGAGAAUAUGGAGAGAGGAAGAGGUGGCAGUCCAUUUGAAGGCAUAAUGUCAAGUAUAUUUGGAUUUGGAGGAAGAGACCCAUUCGAUGACCCGUUCUUCACUCGACCUUUUCCAAACAUUUCUCAAUCUUCCAUGUUACAUUCAACAACUCCUGAUGAUGAUGAAUCUAAUAAGCCAAUUAUUGAAGAGAUAGAUAUGGAUGAUGAGGAAGAAGCACCGAUAGAACCAGAAAAGGAGGAUGGGGAUGUGAAUGGCUCUAACAAGAAAAGAGAUAGGGCUUAUUCUAACAGAAAUCCACUUGUUGAACACCCUGAAGACCAAACUGAUGACCAUAGCAAGAGCAAGAUAAUAAGCAAAGAUGUGACUCGUGGAAUGAAAGACAUGAAAUUGGAAGGAACACAAUCUAAGCCUCAGAGCAUGAGCUAUAGUAGAGUUACAUAUGGUGGAAUAGACGGGACAUAUUACACUGCCACCACCACACGGAGGGCUGGAAAUGAUGGAAGGGUGUUAGAGGAGAGCAAGCAAGCAGAUAGCACAACUGGUCAAGCAACACAUAGAAUCUCCAGAGGAAUUCAGGAUAAGGGGCACUCGUUGACAAGGAAACUUGCCUCUGAUGGUAAGGUGGACACAAUGCAGACAUUGCAUAAUCUAGAUGAAGAUGAAUUAGCUGGCUUUGAACAGAAAUGGAAUGGCAAUGCUAACAAGGAAAUUCCUGGCUGGAAGAGUGGGUUUGAUUUCCACGCAAAUGCAGGAACAAGCAGUAAUUGGCUGAUGAAUUGGGAAGCUGGAUUCGAGAUCCAAAGUGGCGUGAGACCGAGUAAUAACAGUGGUCAGCCAGGGACGCAAAGUGGAAGACCAAAGAAGGUCAUCCGGAUCAAUAUAGAGUGAAUGUACGUGUUCACCGGAUUUAUAUCGAGCCAGGGAAUGGAAAACUUCCUCGUAGAAGACUAUAGUAUACCCCUGCUUGUUAAACCAAAUAAAAGAAGAAAGAAUCUACAUAUCUGGUAAUUGCUUAGGGUCCUGGUAAGAGGUAAUAAGAGCAGUUGUAGGUCUAUAAAGAAGGGAAUGCUGUAUCUGGGUUCGUUGUAGUAUUAAUGCUUUGUCCAGAAAAGUUAUUGUUCGGCUUAUUAAUCAUCACGAAAGAUUAAUAGUUCAAAUGUGUUUUUGAUAAACGUUUGAUGAUAGUUUGGAUAGAAAAAUUGCACACUUGAUAG